CUUGUAGGAAGCCGGGCGAGGUCCGCGCGCAGGAAAGCCCCGCGCGGCGCGUGGAGCCUGAGCGCUCAGGUACCUUUGCAUCCCCAAUGGGGUGGCUUUGCGCCGAGUUCCUGUCCUCCGUCAGCUGUCUGAUUUUGCUGUGGGUGUCUGGCUCUGGGAGCGUCACGGUCCUGGGUGAGCCCACCUGCUUCUCUGACUACAUCCAAAAUUCCACUUGUGAGUGGUAUCUGGAUGGCCCUGUCGACUGCAGAUCUCAGCUCCACCUGUCCUACUGGCUGGACUUUGAGAUCUCUGAAAACAAGACAUGCACCCCGGAGAACGUCGCCAGCACCGUGUGUAUGUGCCGCAUAACCAUAGAAGACCCGGUCCAGAGAGACACCUACCUGCUGGUCCUAAAGGCCAAGGAGCAGGUGCUGUGGCAAGGCUCCUUCAGGCCCAGUGAUAAUGUGAAGCCCAAGGCUCCAGAUAAGCUCACAGUUCACAACAAUGUCUCCGAUACAUGGCUGCUGACGUGGAGCAACCCAUAUCCACCGAAUAGCUUUCUGUACAAGGAACUCAUGUACAUGGUCAACAUCUCCAGAGUGGACCACCCUGAGGAAUUCGUAGUCCAUAAUGUGACCUACAAGGACACCAGGCUGAUCCUCCCAACCAAGACUCUGAAGUCAGGGGUGCAGUACAGUGCACGGGUGAGGGUCCUGGCCCAUAGCUUCAGUGGCACGUGGAGUGAAUGGAGCCCCAACGUCACGAUAGACAACCACUUCCAGCUGCCCCUGGAGCAACGCCUCCCACUGGGAGUUGGCAUCUCCUGCUUCUGCAUCCUGUUGUUUUGCCUGGUUUGCUAUGUCAGCAUCAUCAAGAUUAAAAAGGUGUGGUGGGACCAGAUUCCUACCCCAGCCCGCAGUCCUCUGGUGGCGAUCAUCAUUCAGGACUCACAGGUGUCCCUGUGGGAAAAGCAGACCCGAAGCCGGGAGUCAACCAAGUGCCCACGCUGGAAGACGUGUCUGACGAAGCUGCUGCCCUGCUUGCUGGAGCAUGGCGUGAAGAGGGAGGGAGAGUCUCCAAAGGCUGUCAAAACUAGGCCUCUCCAGAGUCCUGAAAAGGCAGCCUGGCAUCCUGUGGAGGUCAGCAGGACGGUCCUCUGGCCAGAGAGUGUCAGGGUCAGUGUGGUGCGCUGUAUGGAGCUGUUUGAGGCCCCAGUAGAAAGCGAGGAGGAGGAGGAAGAGACGGUCAAAGGGGACUUGAACCUGCUACCUGAGAGCAGUGCUGGUGGCUUCCAGGAGGGUCAGGCAGACAUCAUGGCCCGGCUCACUGAGAACCUGUUUUCAGACUUGCUGGAGGCUGAGGUUGGGGGCAUUGGCCAGUCGAGCCAGGUGGAGUCGUGCUCCCCUCUGUCUCCAGAAAGUGAGCAAGCUUCUGUGGCCUGGGCCUGCGUCCCCAUGGGGUCCAAGGAGGCCACAAGUCAGGCCACAGAGCAGCCUUCACACCUGGGCUCCGCUUCAGGCAGCCCAGCCCCCAGUGCACCUGACCUGGCCGGCACCCAGGUGCCACUUGUCGUCACAGACAAUCCUGCCUACCGUAGUUUUAGUGAUUUCUGCGGCUCCUCUCCACAUCCUGGAGAGCUCACCUCAGAACAGCAGCAGGCUGGACACCUGGAAGAAGGGGACCCUCCAAGCCCAGCUGACCCCCAUUCUUCAGGUCCACCUGUGCAGCAAGAGGACAGCUGGGAGCAGAUCCUUCACCUGAGCGUCCUGCGGGACGGGGCAGCUGGCCCCACCCCAGCCCCUACCAGUGGCUACCGGGAGUUCGUACAAGCAGUGAAGCAGGGUGCCACCCAGGACCCCAAGGGGCAUUGCUUCGGGCCCAGUGGAGAUGCUGGUUACAAGGCAUUCUCUAGCCUGCUCAGCAGCAGUGCCGGCUGCACAGACACAGCAGGACCUGAGAAUGACAGUGGGCCUGGAGGCUACAAACCCUUCCGUAACCCCGUUCCUAACCAGUCCCCCAAGUCCAUGCCCUUAUUCACCUUCGGACUGGACAUGGAAUUGCCGUCCAGUCCUCUGAACUCAGUCCCACCCAGCAGCACCCCAGAAUGCCUUGAGCUGGGACUCAAAGGAAGUGACAAGCUGAAGGCCCCUCCUCCCACAGAUCAAGUGCCCAGUCCCUUUGGGGAUGAUCUGAGCCUUGGCAUUGUCUACUCUUCCCUUACCUGCCACCUGUGUGGCCACCUGAAGCAGCACCAUAGCCAGGAGGAAGGUGGCCAGAUCCACAUGGUUGCUAGCCCCUGCUGUGGCUGCUGUUGUGGGGACAGGUCACCAUCCCCACAGAGCCUCUCAGAAGCCUUGGAAUCCUGUCCUGGGGAGAUGCCACCAGAAGCCAGCCCCACCACAACACCCAGGACACCUUCAGACUUGUCAGUGGAUGGCAAGACCCUGGGUCAUGCUAUUUCCAGCCAGACCCUCAAGGUGUCUGCAGGCACCCUGGGCAUGGCAGUUUCUUAGGUGAGCUAGUACGCUGUUGUUGCUGAGGUCUGCACUGAGGCCAGGGUUCAUCCAAACUAGGAACGUGCCUCUCAGGAGACAGCCCAGCUGGCGGGUUUACCAGAAAUUCAGAGAAUGGUGAAUUGAAGAUGUGAACUUAGCCUGACCCUGGGGCCUGGAGCCUGGCUGACUCCCUACCACUGGCGUGAGCUCUCCUCUCACAAGGGAUUCGGGACUCGGUGUGCCAUGUCCCACAGCAGUCCUGAAGGGCCUAAGUCCCCUGCUCCCCUACUUGUUGCUGCCCUACCUGCUCAGGCCCAGUUUUUUCUCACCAAAUAGACCUGUUGCCCAAGGCUCACAGAUGUUUGACUCUCCUUGAGCUGGAAGCUGACCCUAGAAACCCACAUCUGGCCUGGCAGUGGCUUCGGUAGGAAUUGUAAGUUCAGGGAAGGCAGUUAAUGGCCCCAAGGUGUCCAUUCAUUGAGCAGCUGCUGUGGGUUGAGGCAGGAAGCAGAAUCUGCUAUCCCUGCUAACGCGGCUGUGGAGAGCACCAAGGCUACCAGACACUUCUGAUUGCCUGAAGCAGCACAGUCACCACCAGUAGUCCACCUGCAGCCAGGGCUCCUGGAAUCUGGAAGUGGAGAUGCCCCCCAAAUCACUGCCCAGUGGUGGGUCCCAGUGGUCACUACUAGCAGUCAAGGCGAGACCCCAAGGGGAGGGGGCUGGUUCUGGUUGGUGGCCAGGAAGUUGGGGUAAGCAGACAACAGACUGCAGCCUGACCUUGUCUAGAAAGAUGGGGCCGGGUUGAGCAGUGUCUGUAUGUCUCUACCUUUGCGACACCUAAUACAUUUGCAAAGAGGGCAGGCCAGGCCACGUGGAGCCUUACAUCAAUAAAGACUCUUUAUCUUGUCA